AUGGACAGCUGCUGCGGGGUGUACAGACAGCUCAUUGUUCGGGUGUAUCUGCAGAUGACAACUCCGGAAGGAAGAGAAACUCCUUUUCGUUUGAUUGACUUUUCGGACUUCAAUGAAGAGCCGCAGCAGCUAGAGCAGCAGCAGCAGCAGCAGCAGCAGCAGCAAGAGCAGCAGCAGCCGCAGCAAGAGCAGCAGCUCCAGCUGCAGCAGCAGCGCCAGCUCCAGCCGCUGCAGCAGCAGCAGCCGGAGGCUCGCUGCUCUAGGGGCUAUUUCUGCGUCGUUAUCACCUUUGCUGAAGUGACUGUGGAGCUGUCUCACCCUCUGGAGCUGCUGCAGCACUACAUAGCAGCACGAGCGACAGGAACGCCUUUCCCGCCGCUAGACAGGACAGCAGCAGCAGCAGCAACAGCAGCAGCAGCAACAGCAGCAGCAGCAAGAGCAGCAGCAGCAGCAGCCAGUGUCCCGCUGGUGCCGAAGCCGCAGCAGCGAACGCAUGUAUUCUCCCCCGGCGACUUCCGCUCAGCAGCAGCAGCAGCAGCAGCAGCAGCAACUGCAGGGGUGUCCGAAGCAGCCUUCUCGCGCCCUGCUGCUGCUGCUGCUGCUGCUGCUGCACUUACAGAUGGCUGCGACGGGGAGGGGCCCCCAGGGGGCCCCCCAGGGGGCCCCCCAGGGGGCCCCCCAGGAGGGGGGGCCCCCGUGGAGCUGCUGUACCCUUUUCGUUCUGUCUUUGAGUUGGCGCUGCACUUCUACCGCUCAGGUGUCUCUGCAGGAGUUGCUGCUGCUGCUGCUGCUGCAGGAGGAGACCCUUUUGCUGCUGCUGCACUUGUGGGGCUGCUGGGGGACAGCAGCAGCAGCUUCUCAGACAGCGUGGUCCCCGGCCUUUGGGCAGCAGCAUUUUUUGCUGCUCUCGGCGGCCAGCAGCAGCCGGCAGAAGCUGCUGCUGCUGCUGCAAGGGUAGCAGCAGCAGCAGCAGCAGCAGCCAACGACAGCCCUUGCCGCGCAAUUGCUGCUGCUGAUGCUGCAUGCGAAGGAGACCCGCAGCAGCCUUGUGUCUCUCCAGACAGGCCCGGCAGCAGCAGCAGCAGCAGCAGCAGCGGCGACAGCAGGCGCAACAGCAGGAGCAGCACCACCAGCAGCAACGGCAACACAACCGGCAGCAGCAGCAGCAGCAGCAGCAGCAGCAGCGGAUUCGAAGCAGCUUCGCCUGCCUCCAGUGCCUUUCCUCUAGUCCCCUUCUGCCCUCCUUUGUCCCGCUGUCUCCCGCAGCAGCAGCAGCAGCAGCUUUGGUUCCCUGCUGCUGCUGCUGCUGCUGCCGACGCAGGGCCAUCUGCAGGAGAACCAGCAGCAGCAGCAGCAGCAGCAGCUGCUGCUGCUGCUGUGCCUUCACAGCACUUCUUAGGCGCUGCUUCCGGGGCCCCUUUGGGGCCCCCCUCCGCUGCUAGUUGGCUCAUGGGGGGCCCCUGGGGCCCCUGUGAAUCUGCUGCAGCAGCACCAGCAGCAGCAGCAGCAAAUGCCGGGGUUGCCGCAGCAGCUGCUGCUGCUGCUGCUGUCCCAGCUGCAGCACAGGCAGCCCCGCAGGACGGUAUCUUUGCAUCCUGCGAAGGUCUCCCGCAUGCAGCAGCAGCUGCUGCUGCUGCUGCUACAGUGCCGCCACCACACCCAGCAGCAGCAGCAGCAGCAGCAGCAGCAGCAGCAGGGCUGCCAGCCCCACCAUCUGCAGUGCCUCCACCACCAGCACUAUUGCCAGCAGCAGCAGCAGCAGCAGCAGAGCCACCGCCACUUACAGCAGCAGCAUUGCCGCUGCUGCCAGCAGCAGCAGCGCGAGCAGCACUGCCUCCGUCGUCAGCAGCAGCAGCAGCACCACCACCUCCAGCAGCAGCAACAGCAGCAACAGCAGCAACAGCAGCAACAGCAGCGUUUCCCCUACCCCCAGUCAUCAUGCCUCCGUUAUCUUGUACUCCCAAAACUCCUUCAGCUGCAGCAGCACCUGCGGCUCCGCCUGCAGCAGAAGCAGCAGCAGCAGCAGCAGCAGCAGCAGCAGCAGCAGCACGCCUUCCACUGCACGAGGGGUGCCCAGGGCCCCCUGUGCUGCUGCCGCCUCUUCGUCAGCACUCUGCUGCUGCUGCUGCUGCUGCUGCUGCUGCUGCAGCUGAGGGCUGCUUUCCUCCAUGUGACUUCCUGGAUGCAGUAUCGCCACACAGUGGCCGGCGUCAGCAGCAGCAGCAGCAGCAGCAGCAGCAGCAGCAGCAGCAGCAGCAGCAGCAACAGCAGCAGCAACAGCAGCAAUUGCAGUAUUCCUUCCCUCCCCCGCAGCACUUGGCGCUGCCCUCCCCCCAAUUUUUUAUGUUUGGCAGCCACCAGCAAGCGCCCGCAGCAGCCAGCAGCAGCAGCAGCAGCAGCAGCAGCAGCAGCAGCAGCAAUAGCCUGAUAGGAGAAGCUGAAGCAGCAGCAGCAGCUGCUGCUGCUGCUGCUCAGGGGGCCCAAAAUGACGCUAAGCGGAGAGAGGCCCCACCAGAGUUUCAUGUACGUACACCCGGAGCGCAGCUGCUAGACACCCCCGCGGGAAAGCAGCAGCUGCAGCAACAGCUGCUGCGGCUGCUGCUGCAGCUGCAGCAACAGCUGCUGCGGCUGCUGCUGCAGCAGCAGCGGCUGCAGCAGCUGCAGCAGCUGCUACUGAUUUCACAGUAA